GUAUUAGUCAACACUAGAUAUAGUGAAAAUAUUGCUUGCAAAUUUCCCUUUGAAGUCGAGAGAAUUGUUUUGCUCAAAAGUCUAUGGAAAACCGGGAACGCGCAAACAACAUUAGGGUAGCAUACGCGCGCGUGUGAAAAUAACACAUAUAUAUACACAUAUGAACCCCAACCAACCAAACACAUGGAAGCUUAUCAACAGUCUGCGAAAGUAAACAUCAAAACAACAUAGACGCAUAGACGUUUUUUACUGAGAGAGCGAAGGUGCAGCGACGGCCGCUGUGUUUCAUAAAUAGCAAAAGCCUUUUUAUUGUGUUAAUUUGUUAAGUGUGGCGUCACUUUCUAAACAAUUUUGUUUAUUUUCUGUUGUGUAUGUGCACUGUCGAAGUGUUUAACAAUAUUAAUAUAACUUUAACAAUGCUAAAACAAUAUCUUCUAUAAUUCGGCUCUUUGCGUCUCGUGAGUGUGCGCUGCUCUGUAUAAAUUCCUGUGUGUGUGUGCCCCGCUUUCGGUUCUCUGUUUGUCUCAGCAUCCUGCGAACAAGCUUACGUUUAAAAGCAAUGCGAAAGCAGUAACAAUCAAAAGGAAAAUCGUUCACUGUCAACAAUCUCCGAAUUUUUAAUUUUAUCACUAAAUGGAUUGCCGACAGUGCUGAAACUGAGCUAUCCUACAUAAGCAAAAAAAAAACAACAAACAUUGCAGUGGUUGGACAAGCAUUUCAUGGCAGGCUCCAUCUAGAGCAUUCGUCACCCAAAUGAUAUAGCCCAUAGAAACCCACACCAGCACAACACGACGAACUCUACGUUCAAGCGCGUUAUACAGUGAUUAUCCCCUAGUAAUUUUAAUGUAUGUGUGUGCAGUGAAAAUUCCGAUUAGCAAUUCAGGUGACACUGCAGCAUUCAUCGUACAUCAUCAGCAACAACAAAUCUAAAACAAUUAAAAGAAAAGAAAGAACGAAAUCAACGCAUCAAAAUGACUACAGAUUUUUUAUUUCCUAAAAUUGCGGAUUGCUCCUAUGUGUCCUGUUACUGCGAGGAGAACGUUUGGAAGCUAUGUGAACAGGUUAAACGCACUCGUCCUGAGGAGUUGAGCAAAUGCUAUGCAGUAUUUGUGUCGAAUGAGGGACGAACUGUACCGCUCUGGCGCCAAAAAGCCGGACGUGGCGACGAUCAAGUUGUGAUAUGGGACUAUCAUGUAUUCUUUAUGCACAAUCCCUUGCCAAACCGCUGUUUGGUAUUCGAUUUGGAUACCACACUACCAUUUCCCACAUAUUUUCAUAAAUACGUUACUGAGACUUUCCGGUCCGAUCUCGCACUGCGACCGGAGCAUCACAGAUUUUUCAGAGUCAUUCCCGCAGAUACAUAUCUAAUUGAGUUCUCAUCGGAUCGUCGACACAUGCGACGACCAGAUGGUAGCUGGAUUAAACCACCACCUUCAUAUCCACCCAUUCUUUCGAACACUAACAUGCAUUGUUUGGGUGACUUCAUAUGCAUGAGCGCUGGUAAAGGACCAGGCGCCGUCUACAGCCUCUCCGAGUUCGUGCAAAACUUUUAUAAAUCGCCGCAUGUUGGCGUGCAGCAGAACAAGUAAAUUAUCAAUAAACACUUAUAUACAUAUACUGAUAUCAGCUUGAAAAAAUCAUAACUAUUUUAGAAAGUUUGUGUUCUUGUCAAACUCGAUGGCACAAACGAUAUGCAUUGAAUCAUAAAACAGUUAAUUAAAAAUUGCAUAUAUAUUAUAUAUACUUAUAUAUAUAUAUAACAUAUAUAUAUAUAUAUAUAAUAUAAUGUAUUUUUAUAAUCAGGUUAAUAUUAAAUAUGAGAAAAAUCUGUAAGUAAAAAAUAUUAACUCUUCCGAGUCCUUCAACACCAUCUGUAAUCAAACUAAAUUUUACAAUGAUUAUAUAAUGUUUUUACAUUUUUAAUUCUAUCUAUGUACAUUCAAAGUGGCGAGAAAAAACUUAGAGCUGAGAGUUUAAUUCGUUUUUUUUUUUUAUGACUUUCUACCAACAUAAUUAAAAUAUAAAAUUAAAUAUAAAACGCACCAAUUACGAUUAAAAUUUAAAUAUAAACAUAAAUGUUCACUCAUAUUCCAAUGAAAAAUGCAUAUACCCACUAACUUACUCUUUAUACAUCAGAAAUCAAAUUCGCCUAAUCUAAAAGUAAAAACAUAAGGCAUUGGUCAACCUAUGUAUUACUUACUAAUUAAAUUCAAUGGUAACUUGUUUUAUUUUGGUACAAAUGGUACACAAAAUUUUAUUUUAAAUUAUGCAACAACAAAACCCAUCUUAACUAGUUUUUGUACUGUUGGUACGCCACGGACCCAUGACAGCUAAAUCAUUAAUCCGCGAUACCUUAAUGUAUAAUUUCCUUAGUCAUUUUUGAUAUACUAUAUUAUAAUUACGUAUUGCAUACUAAUUUAAUAUUUGUGACACGCAAAGACUGAUUCAAUAUACGCUCUACGGUACUAGUAAAAGGUAGGCAGAGCCACCCUAAUUACAACGCAAACACCCAGUAGUGGUAAAUUCACAUCAUCAAAUUGGCAAAUUCAAAAUUAAUUUGUUUCGUUUUAUUACUCUUUAAAUAAUAACUUCCAAAUCUCUGCUUAAAAAGCUUUACCUUUAAACUGUUACUUUUAAUAAGUUGACGAUAUUCGUACUUUUAUUACAAAGUAAUUUUUACUCAAUUUUGUAAGACUCAACAUAAACCAAUAAAAAUUAAUUAAUAAACAACUUAUAUAUAAAUGUUAAUGUAUAAUUCUUACAUUAAAUGCUGUGCAAAGUCUCAAAGUUAAACCUACACUUUUAAUUAUAUAACUUAUAACAAUAUAUUUAUAAACAAAACUAUUAAAUGUUUAAAACGUCACUUGACGCUGGCAAAACUUUAUUUACAUAUGCUAUGUAUAAGUAACAGGCAAUGUUUGACACUCUGCUUAACUUGCUCAUCACUCUCCUUCUCUAAUUAAAAGAUGCAAUCUUGUACAGCUUCUUUAUUUUUAAACAAAAUAAAAGCACAACAAAUUUUGAAAAAAUAAAUAUAUUCGUGAAUACUAUAAAUAAAUGCUUGUAUGGAUUAAGCAAAUUUGUAAAGCUUUUUCUCUUCCCGGUUUUUAAAUCCUACAUAAUGUAAAUUACAUACAUGAAAUAUAAUAUUGGGCAAAUAUUAUGUUAACAUUGUUAUGAAAUAUUAUAAAUGUAUUCAUACCAUAAGCAAAUAAUAUUAAA